AAGAUCCUGGGUUUGUCCCAAAACUUGGCAGCAGAAACCAGCAGCGAACAGUUAUUGCGGAACUUUUUGAGCAGUGGAAAUUCGACGAAGAGAACUUCUGCGUUGCGUGCAUGAUUCGAAAGCCUUUACGGAGCAAGCAUUGCAAGCGCUGCGGGCGUUGCGUUGCAAAACAUGACCAGUAAGACCCUAGUUGAGACUGGAGUUAAAAGCUCGAACAUUGACAUCCUGAAUAGUCACUGCCCGUGGAUUGAUAACUGCGUAGGCGCCAACAAUCUGCGCCAUUUUGUAUUAUACAUCACGUGUCUUGAAGCGGGUAUAAUUCUUUUCGUGCAGCUGACAUACUCCUACAUCAAUGUCUUGCCAGCACCCGUCAAUCCUACCUGUAAUGUCAUUAACGAUGCGCUAUGUGAUUUUGUACUUCGUGAUACAUUCACCCUCGUCCUUGAUGUGUGGGUCAUCAUUCAGCUGGUCUGGGUCACUAUGCUCUGUGCUGUUCAGCUUGUCCAAAUUUCGCGGAAUCAGACGACAUACGAAAACAUGAGGGGGCAUUCGAUCGACAGAAGCUACCCAAGCUCUCGUGCUUUUGCUUCGGCUUUGGCUGCAGGAACUACCUCACUCGAUGCUGCUGGCCUUUCCUCUGCUGGCCAGGGACCGAAUCCAGCUCUUGCCCAUGGCCACCGCCACCGGAGGGGCGGUUGUCUGAAGCAGUGGACUUCCCUUCUCGGCAUUGAUGCCUUCUUUGCGACAGCAAGGGAUGGAUUGCGAGAUGGUCCACGUGCUUCUCGGGCGAAGAAUCCCUUCUCUCGAGGUGUAGUCACCAACUGCCGGGACUUUUGGUGCGAUCCGGCUCCAUACUUCGGACAACGGGAGGCGGGAUCUGGCAUGCUCGGCGGUGAAGCAAUCAACUACAACCAGAUGUACGAGAUGCCGUCACGUAUGCACAGCGGCGGAAGAUAUCGGAGCCUGGCAGACGAGGACCCGGAACGGAAUGCAUAGAUGCAUUCUUGUGUCUUCGAUUGACUGACCAUUCAGGGUUUUCAAUAUGCCCUUCAGACGACCAAUAACCUCCGAGGAGAUGUCUCGAUCUUCUAUAUGCGAUCUAAUGAGUACCGGAUGAGCCCUUCCUUCUGAUGAUAUGUUUGACUGGAAUAGAUGGUCAUGGAUGGUGUUUUAACCCUUCAUGCCCUCCCAUUAUCUUCAUGUAUUAUCUUCUGCAUAUAAAGAUCAUG